GGCUUACUAUAUAUGUAAUUGAUCGUUGAUCUUUUAAUCUUCUUUGUAUGUUGCAGUGGAUGCUGUACUAAGUGGAAGACUAAGAGUCAUAGUGAUGUAAGUUAAUCUAUUGCUAAGUUUCAUGAAAUAAUAUUGUUUUGAAUCAUGAAACAUUCCAGCAAAGAUUACAUUAAUAUGAAAUCACAUUGAAACUAGAACAAGAUUUACAUUUAAGAGUAAAAUAUGUAGUUGAAUUUUUCGUCACUUACACCACUAUGAUAACAUCAUUCUUUCACUUAGUUUUAUUAAAGCAUAGUACGUGAUAAUUAUAUGUUUACAGGAAUACCAGAUGAAGGAGGUUUAAGACCUUUAUGUUGGAAACUUUUAUUAAAUUAUCUACCUUCAACACGAGCCAGUUGGUCAGAAACCCUUACUCGUAAAAGAACGCUUUAUAAAACUUUUAUUGGUACAGUAUGAUUUUUGUGUUUAAUUUGUAAAAACAUAUAAUAAGUCCGGUUUUAUAAAUUUUCUGAUUUCUAUGUUUUGCAGAGGAUCUCAUUGUCACACCGGGUGAAGCAAAUAGUGAUGGAGAAAGAGUAGAUGUUACACUUCAUGAUCAUCCACUAAAUUUAAAUCCUGAUAGCAAGUGGCAAACCUACUUCAAGGAUAACGAAGUUCUUCUACAAAUAGACAAGGAUGUUAGGAGAUUGUGUCCAGAUAUAUCAUUCUUCCAACAAGGUACAGAUUAUCCACGUAAAGAGAUUGUAAAUGCAAGUGGACAAAGGCGUUUACACCAUAGAGUACAGCACACAGUUUUAAGGAGCGCAAAUGUAGAGAGGAAGGGACUUGGUGUCACUAAGAUAGCGGUAUCUGUUAGAAAAGCUACAGAAGAUUAUGCACCACUAGCUGAAGGUGGCGAAGCUCAUUGGGAAGUUUUAGAAAGAAUACUUUUCCUGUAUGCAAAAUUAAACCCAGGACAAGGAUAUGUGCAGGGCAUGAAUGAAAUUGUUGGUCCUAUAUAUCAUGCAUUUGCUUGUGAUCCUGAUCAAACGUGGAGAGAGCAUGCAGAAGCAGAUACAUUUUUUUGCUUCACUAAUUUGAUGAGCGAAAUUCGCGACUUCUUUAUCAAAUCAUUGGACGAAGCUGAGUUUGGGAUAAACUCGAUGAUGAGUAAACUUACAACUCAAGUGAAGGUUAAUGAUCCCGAAGUUUGGAUGCGUUUACAUCAACAAGAAUUAUGUCCACAAUAUUACAGUUUCAGAUGGCUAACGCUUCUUCUCUCACAAGAAUUUCCAUUACCCGAUGUUAUGAGAAUUUGGGAUUCUCUUUUUGCUGACGAAAACAGAUUCAGUUUCUUGAUACAUAUUUGCUGUGCCAUGAUCUUGUAAAUAUUUCUUAUAAUAAAUUUUUAUUUCAAAUAUAAAUGUAAAUUAAGCACGUGAAACUUUCUAGGCUCUUGAGGGACCAAUUACUUGCCGGAGAUUUUGCUACAAACGUUAAACUUUUACAAGUAAAUGAUAUUUUCUAUGUUUGAACGAUUUUUUAAAAUGCUAUUGAAUUUAAUACAGUAAUAUUCAUUCUGAUUUUAUUUUAGAAUUUUCCUUCAGUGGACAUUCAGAUAGUACUUUCUAAGGCAGCUGCUUUGGCAGGCAAGAGUCUCAAUUCACCAUAA